UAAACUGUCAUGGCUGCUCACUUGAGAUGGCGUAAAUACCGUCUUUCCUGAUACUAACCAACUGAUUAUCUCAACUUUCACCGACAUUUUGCAUAUACUGACAGUGUUAGGAUGUCCCUCAAACCUCGACGUGUAGACUUCCCUGCGACCUGGACUGUCCUGCUGGACACUGUGAAGGGUGUGGUCACCUGUGGACGAGUUGCCAGGGCAACAUGGACUGACAGAUUCCAUGAUGUGUAUCAGUUAUGUGUAGCAUUCCCGGAACCUCUUGGCGAUAAGCUGUACCAGGAGACCAAGUCCUUCUUGGAGGCCCAUGUGUCAUCCCUUCUCAAGGCUGUGCAGAGCUGUGGGUCGGAGAACCUGCUGGCCAACUACCACAAACACUGGGAGGAGUACAGUCAAGGCUCCCACUAUCUGAACCAGCUGUACGGCUACUUGAACUCCACCUUCAUCCGGAAACAGAAAGUGAGUGACGCUGACCUCAACUAUGGCGGAUUUGCCAUGGACAUGGCGGACCAGAUGCUGGAGAUAGGAGAGCUCGCCCUGGACACGUGGAAACGGUUGAUGAUUGAGCCACUCAAGACUCAGCUACUCAACCUGAUAUUACAAGAAGUCAAGAAGGACAGGGGAGGUAACUCUGUGAACCAGACUGUUGUCCAUGGCGUUAUCAACUCCUUCGUCAAUGUGGAAGAAUAUAAGAAGAAGUAUUCAAUGCAGCUGUAUGAGGAGUUGUUUGAGACGCCGUUCCUGCACGAGACGGGAGACUACUACCGACAGGAGGCCGCCAAACUCAAGGAUGAGUACAACUGCUCCGACUACAUGGAGAAGGUGAUCCAGAAGCUGGACAAUGAAGACUUCAGGAGUCGGAAGUUCCUGCACCCUAGUUCGUACACGAAGGUGACCCACGAAUGCCAGCAACGUAUGAUAGCUGACCACCUACAGUUCCUUCAUGGCGAGUGUCGCGAGAUGGUGCAGACAGAGAAGAGAAAAGACCUGACACACAUGUACAGCCUCCUGAAGCCGAUACAGUCCGGACUGGGCGUACUCAUGCAGGAAGUGGAGGACCAUAUAAAACACACUGGACUCGAGGCUGUCCGCUCUCUCAAGGGGGAAAAUGUGCCUGGGCAGUUCGUGGAAUCCAUGUUAGAAGUACACAGUAAAUACACAGAACUAAUACAAAGUGUCUUUCAUGCUGAUCAGCAGUUUGUUGGUGCCCUUGAUAAGGCAUGUGCAGCUGCCAUCAACUUCCGUUCUAAUCCAAAAAUGGCUUGCAAAUCAGCCGAGCUGCUUGCUCGCUAUUGUGAUGGAUUAUUAAAGAAGAGUUCUAAGGGUAUUUCCGAGACGGAGCUCGACGACAAGCUAGCCAACUGUAUAACUGUAUUCAAGUACCUAGAUGAUAAAGAUGUCUUUCAAAGGUUUUAUUCUCGAAUGCUUGCCAAGCGCCUCAUCUACAGUCAGUCGACCUCCAUGGAUGCUGAGGAGGCCAUGAUCAACAGGCUCAAGCAAGCAUGUGGGUAUGAGUUCACCAACAAGCUCCACCGAAUGUUCACCGAUAUGAGCAUCAGCUCUGAUCUCAACAACAAGUUCUCGGACUUCACCAGGGAGGACAGUUCCCGGGACCUCGGGGUCAACUUCUCUAUCCUUGUCUUACAGGCCGGCGCCUGGCCCAUAGCUCAGAGUAAUCUUCCUUCAUUUGCCUUACCUCAGGAGCUGGAGAGAAGUGUUAGAAUGUUUGAAUUAUUCUACAACAAAAAUUUCAGUGGGAGAAAGUUAGCAUGGAUGCACAGCUUUUGUAAUGUUGAAAUGAAGUUUAACUAUCUGAAGAAGACGUACUUCGUGACGAUGGGGACGUUCCACAUGGGGAUCCUGCUGCUGUUUAAUAGUGGCGACAAUGUGGAGAAGCUUGCAUUUAGCUUUAUACAGAAACACACAACACUGCCUGAAAGGGAGCUGGUCAAACAACUGCAGUCACUUAUAGAUACCAAAAUAAUCUCACAUGAAGGUGAAAUUACACCUCAGAGCGACUUCGAGUUAAACUUAGCUUACAACAACAAAAGAACCAAGUUCAAGAUCACAGCUGCUGUGCAGCGAGAUUCUCCACAGGAAGUAGAACUGACCCACUCGGCCGUGGACGAAGAUCGUAAGAUGUAUGUGCAAGCUGCGAUUGUCCGCAUCAUGAAGGCGAGAAAGGUUCUCAAACAUAAUCUUCUCAUACAGGAGGUGAUCAGCCAGUCGCGGUCCCGCUUUAACCCCAGCAUCAGUAUGAUCAAGAAGUGUAUAGAGACUCUCAUAGACAAACAGUACCUCGAACGGACAGCUAACACUACAGACGAAUACAGCUACGUAGCAUGAUGCAACUGUCUAUGUGGGUGUGCGUCACACACUCUAGCCCUCAUACCGACUGCAUCGUCACUAGCGCUCAACAUGUCAUUCUGUCUAGAUGUGAAAUCAGCCUGACUUUCAAGCUCCUGAUCUGAGGCUGCGAGUGCACCUGUUGAAGAAUGGCACCACAGGAUUGGAUUAUAUGAAGAGUGUGUAUUGUUAUCAAAGCAUAUUGGAAUACAUCUAAUGUUUUGGGAUGACAUUUUGAGAAGAUAAUAAUAGACUAACUUUCUCUUGGAGUCCUACUGGGAAAAGGAAAAAUGGAAAAUGGACAACUUUUCAUAACAGUGAUUUUAUUAUUACAUCUUGACACGCAUAGCAAUAUUGGUGGAAGAGAAGUGGACAGUUGUGUUUAACAAGAACAUGACAGAACAAGGUUGAUGGCAGAAAAACAUUGUGACUAUGGAAUGCAUCCACAGACAUUAGUUAAGAAAAAUAUUGAAACUAUUAUUGUCAUAGUUCGCGUGAAGGCUGGAGUAAUUAAUCCCCACGGUUCCUUGAUCCUCCUUACCAACAAAUGGGAGAUGACACAAAAUUAUGUAUAAAUUUUGCAAGUUUAUUCUAUUUUAUUUUCAAACAAAAUUAAUCAAGCAAAUAUAAAUUAAACUAAAAAGUACAAUGUAUUCUCACAAAUUUACUGAAGACUUAUCCAUAAAAUAUAAAAUAGGUCUGUGAAGUCCUCAUGCAAAGAAAACCAAGAGAAAUCUGUUUCUAACUGCUGCAAGUAGCAAAUGUUUUUUUGUGUUUUUAAAAAAAUUGAAAUCCAUCAAUUUUUUGUAUGUGGUUAAUAAGUGAUGAUCAUGCUAAAGAAA